GAAUCUCACAGCGGCCUGUCAUGCCAAGCAGACAGGCCUCGAGGCCCUUGUCACAGGUUUCAGUGACGUCUGAUGAAAGCAGUGAAGCAGAGAGUACGACGUCAGAAGAAAGUGAAACCACCUUGGCUGCAGCCAGGCAGGGGGAUCCAUCGAUCUCAGGAAUUGAUGUCCAGGCUGUCACUGCAUGGUGUGAACAGGCUGUACCAUUUGGCGCAUUGCUGGCGAUUAUCUUUUUGCGUCAACACAUUGUUGGCAUUGUUAUCAUGGUAUAUUUGACUUCAUGCAUACACAAAUUCAACGGAGUGAUGAGGAAGGAGGUCGCCCUGAAAGAGGAGUCCUCACGCUGGGUGUGCUGGGCGCUUGCUGCUUUCGCUGCCUUCCAGGCUGCAGGGACUGUGUUGCUUCUCUAUCAGCAGCAGCUUUGGACGAACUUCUAUCUGAUGCCAGGUGGCGUGGACGGGCUGUGGACCUGUGUGUUCAAAGUGGCGAUUGUGGAUGCGCUCAUACGCAUUUUGGGCUUCACUCUCAAGAGCAUGGUCCUUGUGCUGCACCCAGCACAGCCAGAAGAGAACAAUCGCCGACGCUCACAGGUGCUGGCGUUCCUGGAACAGCUGGUGCUGAUGUAUCGGACAAUUGCGGCAGUCCCCUGUUGGCUGCUGUACUAUGACAGCCUCAGCAUGGGAGCCUUCUGGACUUCCAGCAUGCAUGGUCUGUAUCUGUGGUUCAAGGCCAGGAAUUUGUUCACGGAGCUGAUGUCAGCGUGGGCAUGUGGGAAAGCGCUGGUGCGAAGGGAGUUUGUGUAUGGCCACCUGGUGCAUCCAGCAGACCCCCAGUUGAUGGAGGGCGGAAGCACAUGCCCCAUCUGCCAGGACACGAUGAAGACGCCCAUCAAGCUGACAUGCAGCCACAUGUUCUGUGACAGAUGCAUAAGCAUUUGGUUGGGGAGGGAGAGGACAUGCCCCCUCUGCCGGACCAUUGUGCGCCCUGCCGGGACCAUGGGCUGCACAGAUGGCUCCACGCCCUUGGCACCUCUGGUCUUCUAG